GGGGAACAUGACCACCCUUUCUCCAGAAAACAGCCUCUCUGCCAGGCGGUCAGCCACCUUAAUUCUGGAGAAGAGAAACCCCGCUAUUGACAAGGCAGAAUGGGACAGCUUCUUCGAUGAGAACGGUCACUUGGCCAAGUCACGAGACUUCAUUUGUAGUAACAUCCUGGAAAGGGGACUGCAUCCCUUCGUGAGGACGGAAGCCUGGAAGUUCCUCACAGGCUACUACUCAUGGCAGAGUUCCCGGGAUGAGCGGCUCAUGGUGGACAGCAACAGGAGGAGGAACUAUAACUCCUUGUGCCAGAUGUACGAGAAAAUCCAGCCCCUGCUGGAAAACUUACAUGGGAACUUCACAGAGACUCGGAACAACAUCGCAUAUGACAUCCAGAAGCUGUAUGAUAAAGACCCCUUGGGCAACGUGCUUGUAGACAAGAAGAAACUGGAGAAGACCCUGCUGCUGAGUUACGUCUGCAACACAAAGGCUGAGUACCAGCGAGGCUUCCAUGAGAUGGUGAUGCUUUUCCAGCUGAUGGUGGAGCACGACCAUGAGACCUUCUGGCUCUUCCAGUUCUUCCUGCAGAAAACAGAGCACAGCUGUGUCAUCAACAUCGGCGUAGGCAAGAACCUGGACAUGCUCAACAACCUGAUCACUUUACUGGACCCUGAGUUUGCUGAACACCUCAAAGGGAAGGGCUCAGGAGCUGUGCAGUCCCUCUUCCCGUGGUUCUGCCUUUGCUUCCAGCGUGCCUUCAAAUCCUUCGAUGAUGUCUGGAGGCUCUGGGAGGUCCUGCUGACAGGGAAGCCCUGCAGGAACUUCCAAGUGCUGGUGGCCUACAGCAUGCUACAGAUGGUGCGUGAGCAGGCGCUGCUGGAGUGUAUGAGCGGUGACGCCAUUCUCUCGGCCUGCAACAGCCUUAUCGACCUUGAUGCGGAUGAGCUGAUCUCAGCGGCCUGCGUGGUUUAUGCUGAGCUCAUGCAAAAGGAGGGGUCCAAGUACAGACCUGGACCUCCAGAGACUCAGGGGAAUGUCACCAACUGGACAGAGUGGAGUGAGAACAAAAUCGGAUAUCUAUAUCACAAUUCCUGGCUCUCCUCACCCCCAGGUUCCUGA